AUUUAACCUUUACUCUUCUCUCUGAACCUGCAGAAUUAAGCACAACUAACUCAAACUCAUCAACCUAUCCUAUCCUAUUAAGUGCAUGCCCUGCCUGCUGCCAGUCCAGGUGCGCAGGUUAAUCAGCCAAGAGAGAUGAAGAUGAUGGACACACAUAAUAUGCAUGUGGUAUUGGUUCUUGGUUUGAUCUGCAUUGUGAUUGCCAGCGUCGGAGCACAAUCACCAUCCAACUCUCCAACCACCUCCCCUGCUCCACCCACACCAACCACUCCUCAACCACCUGCUGCUCAGUCUUCUCCUCCUCCCGCUCAAUCUUCUCCUCCUCCCGUUCAAUCUUCUCCUCCACCCGCAUCCACACCACCACCGGCUCAGUCUUCACCUCCCCCAGUAUCCUCUCCGCCACCAGUUCAGUCUACCCCUCCUCCUGCCCCUGCCAGUACUCCACCCCCUGCUUCUCCUCCUCCUUUCUCCCCUCCUCCUGCUACCCCGCCUCCACCCGCAGCAACACCUCCUCCGGCACUCACCCCCGUCCCGGCAACUUCUCCCGCUCCGGCUCCUGCCAAGGUAAAGAGCAAAUCCCCUGCCCCUGCCCCUGCCCCUGCAUUGGCGCCCGUGGUCUCGCUCUCACCAUCGGAAGCUCCCGGUCCCAGUCUCUCCUCCCUUUCUCCCGCUCUUUCUCCCGCUGCCUCCGAUGAUAGUGGGGUAGAGAAGUCGUGGUCCAUGCAGAAGAUGAUUGGGAGCUUAGUAUUCGGCUCUGCCUUCCUCUACUUGCUGAUCUAGACAUCAUAUCCCAUCUCACCGCUCGAUCGCUCAUUUUUCUUCACUCCACUUUAUGUUAUUUUGCUAUUUUUCUUCCUCUAUAUAUAUUAUUUUGUGGAUGUGAUAUGAGAGUUUACUUUUACACUGUAUUUCGACCUAUAUAGUAGUACAUUGCUUGCAUUCUUGGGAGAUUUCAGGGCAGUUUCUUUUGUAUGGCACUAUUGAUAUUAGUUUAUCCAUUCAUUGCCUUUUAAUA